AUGGCUGUCUUUGACAAGUUCCACGAGAAGCCGACCGGCGGCGUCGAGGUCUACUCCGACAGUGGCAUGGAUCUGCAGCAGGGCAUCGUCUCAGAGAACAAGGACGAUCUCCAAAGGCGACUGGGCAACAGACAGAUCCAGCUUCUGGCUAUCGGAGGUUCUAUUGGUACCGCUCUGUUCGUGAGCAUCGGCAGUGGACUUCACCAUGCUGGGCCCGCCGGCCUGUUCAUUGCCUACACCAUCUACAGCUGCUUCUUGGGUCUAGUCAACAACUGCAUAGCUGAAAUGACAACUAUGAUGCCUGUUUCGGGUGGUUUCAUUCGUCUUGCUGGCGAAUGGGUCGAUGAUGCUUUUGGCUUCAUGGCUGGCUGGAAUUUCUUCCUGUAUGAGGCGCUUCUGAUUCCCUUCGAGAUCACGGCCUUGUACACAGUCCUCGAAUUCUGGCGAGACGACAUCCCAGCAGGAGCUGUCAUCGCCGUCGCCAUCGUCCUUUAUGCGAUACUCAACUGCUUGGCUGUCAAGGCCUAUGGUGAAGCUGAGUUCUGGCUGUCCGGCGGCAAGGUCCUCUUGAUCUUCCUCCUGUUCUCUUUCACAUUUGUGACCAUGUGCGGCGGCAACCCAAGAAACGAUGCCUACGGUUUCCGCUACUGGAACACUCCGGGUGCGUUCGCGACCUACCUAUCGACUGGCGAUCUCGGACGGUUCGAAGGUUUCCUCGCCGGCGUGUGGUCUGCCUCCUUUUGCGUCGUCGGCCCGGAGUACAUCUCUAUGGUCGCUGCUGAAGCCAGGCGCCCUCGCAUCUACAUCAAGAAUGCGUUCAAGACGGUCUACUGGCGAUUCGGCCUCUUCUUCAUCGUCGGCUCGCUUGCUGUUGGUGUUCUGAUUCCAUACAACGACCCAACUCUGACCGCCAUCCUGGCUGGCACAAGCGAGGGCGGAGGCACUGCAGCUGCUUCUCCGUAUGUGAUUGCUAUGCAGAACCUCGGUGUCAACGGGCUACCGCACUUUGUCAACGCGCUGCUCGUUACGUCGAUAUUCUCCGCCGGCAACACGUACACCUACUGUGCUACUCGCUCACUGUACGGCCUUGCGCUUGAAGGGCGUGCACCAGGCUUUCUGCGAUAUUGCACCAAAGGUGGUGUGCCAUUGGCAUGCUUCUUGGUCACUAUGUGCUUCCCAUGCCUCGCAUUCCUACAACUGAGCUCUGGAUCCGCCAAGGUCCUGACGUGGCUCGUUAACCUAAUCACUGCUGGCGGCGUGAUCAACUACAUUGUGAUGACCACCACGUACCUAUUUUUCUAUAAUGCCUGCAAGGCACAAGGUCUCGACCGCAGGACUCUCCCAUACACUGGCUGGUUCCAGCCAUACUCUGCUUACCUCGGACUCGUCUGGAUGGUGUGCAUUGUCAUGUGCUACGGCUACUCUUCGUUCAAGCCCUGGUCCGUCGACAGCUUCUUCACAUACUACACCAUGGUGAUUCUUGCGCCAAUUCUGUACUUUGGCUGGAAGUUCGUGAACGGGACCAAGAUUGUCAAGCUGCACGAUGCAGACCUCGUGUGGGAGCGGCCGAUUGUGGACGCGUACGAGGAGACCUUCAUAGACCCUCCAGUUGGCUUCUGGACGGAGAUGGUCCAGAUGAUUGGCAUCAAGCGAACAAAAGGCGGGAAUGACAAGCGGCUUGGAUCUGUGUCUGCAUGA